UUUUUACCUAUAAAUAUUCUUUUCCUUUUGUAUUGUAUAUUCUAAAGAAAAAAUUUUGUCAUAUAAUGCAGAUUAUUUUGAUUUUGGUGAUCCAAUUUCAAUUUGUCAAAAGUGUGGUGCUUUAAUGUGGUAUGAUGAAAGAAAUCGAAAAAAUAGAAAUUAUAUCAUUCCAGAGUUUAGUCUAUGCUGCAGUUUAGGAAAAGUGCAAUUGCCUUUUCUAACAGAGCCUCCUGAAGUUCUAAAAGAGUUACUUUAUGACUAUGGUUCAAAGCAUUACAAGAAUUUUCAAAAUAAUAUCAGAGCAUAUAAUCAAAUGUUUGCAUUUACUUCUUCUGCUGGAAAGGUGGACUCAUCUAUAAACAAAGGCCAUAGACGUGCUCCAACGGUCUACAAGAUUAGUGGAGAAAAUGUUCAUUAUAUUGGUAGUUUAAUGCCUAUGCCCGGUGAAAAACCUAAGUUUGCUCGGUUGUAUAUCUAUGACACAGAAAACGAAGUAAACAAUAGGAUAGCACCAUUUAGGUCAAAUGAUUCUGAAUAUGCUAUUGACUCUGAGAUUGUUGGCAAGUUACAAAAGAUGUUAGAUGAGAAUAAUACUUUGGCAAAAUCAUUUAGAAUGGCGAAAGAAAGAUUUGCAGGUUCUAAUACAGAACAUGUAAGGUUGAAGCUUUUAAGUUCAAGGGAAAAAGAUAGAAGACUUUAUAAUUUGCCUGAUGUUUCUGAAGUGGCAGCUUUAGUUGUUGGUGAUAUUGAUUCUCUUUCAUCAACUAAAGAUAUAAUCUUAGAAAGGCAAGAUGGUCGCUUAAAGCGUAUAAAUGAGAUUCAUGUUGCUUAUCUUGGUUUACAAUAUCCACUUCUUUUUCCAUAUGGAGAAGAUGGCUACAGAAUUGAUAUUCAACAUAAAAUCAUCGGGAGUUUGAAACCUAACAAGAGGAGCAAAUUGACCAUGCGACAAUUUUUUGCAUUUAGGCUUCAAACCAGGAAAACAGAAGCUCCAACAAUACUGGUUUCUGAAAAACUUUUUCAGCAAUUUGUAGUGGAUGCUUACACUAUGAUUGAGUCAGAACGUUUUUUAUAUUUUAGGAUUCAUCAAAAGGAACUUAGAGCUGAUGAUUACAAGAGUUUGAAAAAUGCUAAAUCUACAGAUUUGUUCAUCACUUUCACAUGUAAUUCAGAAUGGCCAGAAAUCAAGCGACUCUUAGACCCUUUACAUCUCAAACCAGUUGACCGUCCUGACAUUGUUUGUCGAAUGUUCAAAAUAAAGCUUGAUAUGCUAAUUAAAUAUUUGAAAAAGGAAAGAUUCUUUGGUAAAGUUGUUGCUGAUGUUCAUACAAUUGAAUUUCAGAAACGAGGUCUACCAUAUGCUCAUAUUUUGAUAUUAUUGGAUUCUUUAAGCAAAUUUCCAGAUCCAAAAGAUAUAGAUAAAGUAAUUUGUGCUGAGAUUCCUAAUCAAUUUGAGCAUCCAGAGUUGUACAAGGCUGUAAAAAAUUUUAUGCUUCAUGGUCCAUGCGGUUCUGUAAAUAUAUUUUCAUCAUGCAUGAAAGAAGGUCGUUGUUCAAAGUUCUAUCCCAAGUCUUUUGCUGAUUUAACAACUAUUGAUGCUGAAGGGUAUCCAAUAUAUAGAAGAAGAAAGACUGGUUGUUAUGCUGAAAAAGGAAAUGUGGCUCUAGAUAAUCGCUAUGUUGUUCCUUAUAAUCCUUCUUUGCUAAUGAAAUAUCAAGCACACAUGAAUGUUGAGUGGUGUAAUCAGAGCAGAGCAAUUAAGUAUCUCUUCAAAUAUAUAAACAAGGGUUACGAUCGCGUCACUGCUAUUUUAGAUAAUGCUGAUGAUAGUGAAUGCUCAAAUAAAGUUAUUGAUGAAACAAAAAACUAUCUUGAUUGUAGAUAUAUAUCCCCAUGUGAAGCUGUUUGGAGAAUAUUUGCAUACCCUAUUCAUUCUAGAGAACCUGCUCUACAGAGAUUGAGCUUUCAUUUGCCUAGUCGGAAUCCAAUUCUAUAUGAAGAUGGUGAAGAUAUUGAUGAUAUUCUGUCAAAACCCGGGAUUGAUCAAUCAAUGUUUACUGCAUGGAUGGAUGCUAAUAACAAUUACUCGGAGGCUAAAGAGUUGACAUAUUCUGAAUUUCCAAGAUUCUUUGUUUAUAAUAAAAAAGAAAAAAUCUGGUCAAGAAGAAAGUGUGGCUAUACUAUUGGAAGGCUUUAUUAUGUACCUCCAACAUGUGGAGAGUUAUUUUAUUUACGAAUGAUGUUGAAUUUUGUUCGAGGUCCUACCAACUAUGACCAAAUCAAAAGUGCAAAUGGUGUUAUUCACAAUAGCUUUAGAGAUGCUUGCUUUGCUUUGGGAUUACUUAAUGAUGAUAGAGAAUAUAUUGAAGCUAUCAAAGUAGCUUCAUGUUGGGGUUUAGGUGAUUAUCUAAGGAAGCUUUUCACUGUGAUGUUGAUGUCAAAUAAUUUAUCUUUAACUGAUGAUCAGCUAAAAACAAGAUGCUUAUAUGAAAUUGAGAUGAUAUUGCAAGAUAAUAGGAAAAGCUUAAAGGAAUAUCCUCAUAUGCCUUUUCCAAAAUGUUUUGUGAGGCUGAAAUUUCAAAAUGGUUUAAUUUAUAAGGAGCUAAACUAUGACAAGAACAAUUUGAAAAAUGAAUUUCAGACAUUAUUCUCAUCCUUAACACAAGAACAACAAGGUGUUUUUGAGAAAAUUGUGGAAGUAGUUUCUAAAGAAAAUGGUGGAGUAUUCUUUGUAUAUGGCCAUAGAGGAACAUGUAAGACUUAUCUCUGGAUAGUUUUGACUUCUUUUUUAAGGUCACAAGGAAUGAUUGUUCUUACUGUUGCAUUGAGUGGAAUUGCUGCUUUGCUACUACCUGGAGGUAGAACAGCUCAUUCUAGGUUUGCUAUACCAUUAAUGGUGCAUGAGGAUUCUGUAUGUAAUAUUAAACAAAAUAGUGAACUAGCUGAGUUGUUAAAGCAAACAAAGCUUAUCUUAUGGGAUGAAGCAUCUAUGGUUCACAGAUAUAGUGUUGAGGCAGUUGAUAAAAGUUUAAGAGACAUUAUGUCAUCUACAAAUAAUAAUAAUGCUAAUUUGCCUUUUGGUGGAAAGGUAGUGGUUUUUGGUGGAGAUUUUAGACAAAUUCUUCCUGUUAUUCCUGGAGGUGGCAGGACAGAAAUUGUUAAUGCAAGCAUAUGUUCCUCUUACAUAUGGGACUAUUGUAGUGUUUUGAGACUUACAAAAAAUAUGAGAUUAGAUGAAUCUUCACAUGCUAAUAAUGAUGAAUUGGCUUUGUUUUCACAAUGGAUCUUAAAUGUUGGAGAUGGUAAUAUAGGUGGACCUAAUGAUGGCAUCUCUGAGAUUAUGAUUCCUACUGAGUUGCUCAUAUCAAAUUUUGAAGAUCCUGUUAGUUCUAUUGUGGAUUGUAUAUAUCCAAAUCUUCUUGAAAAUCACUUGAAUUCUAAUUGGUUGCAAUCACGAGCAAUUCUUUGUUCUACGCUUGAUGUCGUUGAGAAGGUAAAUCAAUAUAUUAUCAUGAAAAUUUCAGGAGAUGAAAAAAUUUACUUGAGUUCAGAUAGUGUUGACAAAUCUUAUGGAAGCAGACAAUAUGCUACUGAAACACUUACUCCAGAAUUUUUAAAUAGCCUCCAAUGUUCAGGAUUACCUCAUCAUGCUUUGAAGUUGAAGGUUGGAAUUUCUAUAAUGCUUUUAAGAAAUCUAGACCGAUUUGCAAGUUUAUGUAAUGGCACCAGGCUAAUUAUAAUAAGGUUAUCUAAUCAUGUUAUAGAAGCAGAAGUAUUAGUUGGAAGCUAUCUUGGCAAAAAGGUCUUAAUCCCACGCAUGUGCAUGUCUCCUUCUCAAUCACCGUGGCCUUUUAAAUUGGAUAGGAGACAAUUUUCUAUUGUUGUCUCAUAUGCCAUGACCAUCAAUAAAAGUCAAGGACAAUCUCUUAGCAAUGUUGAAGUGUAUCUUCCUAAACCCGUGUUUAGUCACGGACAACUUUAUGUUGCUAUAUCUCGUGUUCGAAUUCUCGCCACUGUUCUUCGCCGCUGCUGCUCGCUGCCUCGCUGCUGCACCUCGCCGCUUCUGUUUCUUGCUUUGGCCUCUGUUUCUGUUUCGUCUUAUGCUUCUUCAUUCUUCCUCUACUUUCUGCUUCUAGAUCUGCUUCUGCUUUUGCUUCUUCGUCUUCUGCUUUCAGCUUUUUCUGGGUUUGCUUCUGCUUCUACUUCUAAUCUGAUUUUGAUUUGUUACUUUCUGAUUUCAUCGUUGUUGUGUGUUGAUUUUGUUGUUGAAUUUGAUGUUGUUAUUUCUGGAUUUGAAUAA